ACUUGCGAGAUUAAAAGUUGAACGUAACCUUCUUUCAUCGCGUGUUAACGGCGGUGUGUUAUUCCAAAGUUGAUUAGUGUAUAAACAAGUUCACAAUCAUGAAAUUGAACGUCUCUUACCCUGCCACAGGGUGUCAAAAGUUAAUAGAAGUUGACGAUGAACAUAAACUUCGCGUUUUCUACGAGAAGCGCAUGGGCAUGGAAGUGCCUGCUGAUUCCCUUGGAGACGAGUGGAAGGGUUAUGUCGUACGCAUAGCCGGUGGAAAUGAUAAGCAAGGAUUUCCCAUGAAGCAAGGUAUCCUGACCAAUGGCCGAGUUCGUCUGUUGUUAUCCAAAGGACAUUCUUGCUAUAGACCUCGUCGUGACGGUGAGAGGAAAAGAAAAUCUGUCAGAGGUUGUAUCGUUGACUCCAAUUUGAGCGUGUUGGCUUUGGUCAUUGUAAAGAAGGGAGAGAAAGAACUGCCAGGACUUACUGACAACAACAUCCCUCGUCGCUUGGGACCAAAAAGGGCCUCCAAAAUCCGUAAGCUGUUCAACCUCACCAAGCAAGAUGAUGUGAGACGCUUUGUUGUAAAGCGUCCUGUCCAGAAGGAAGGCAAAAAAGAAAAGUUGAAGGCACCAAAAAUCCAGCGACUCAUUACACCAGUUACCUUGCAGAGAAAAAGACAUAGGGUUGCUUUGAAGAAGAGACGUUGCUUGGCUCGUAAAGAGCAAGCAGCUGAAUAUGCCAAACUCUUGGCUCAGAGGCACAAGGAAGCAAAAGCCAAGCGCCAAGAAGAGCAAAAGAGAAGACGCAGUGCUUCCAUGCGCGACUCCAAAUCUUCCAAUCCAGUCAGCAAGUAAGAAGUAAGAAGAAUGAGCUCAGCUGUUCUGAAUUAAUCAGAAAGUUCAUUUCUGUACUUAUGGUUAACUAAUUUUGUUAUAAAUCAUAAUUAUAAGAAACAAACUAUUAUUCAAAGAUUCUUCAAAGAAAAUUGAAUAAAGUGUUAUAAAUUAUA